CUACAAGGCUUUUCUUCUCUGGAUGUCACGCUGUAGUUUUCAUCAUGUUUUUUACAAAUUUAUUUUCUCUUGCCGAAGAGCAAUGUGAUUUUCCACAAGAAAGGGCCCACUGAAGCUGACGCCGAUCGCUCUGUCAAACUGAAAGACCAAGAUUUGGUAAUCCUGCCGUGCCUCCCCCUCCUUGUACCUUGAUGUCUACCAGCGCACGUUCGUCGUGGACCAGCUGGAGCAAUCUUUUAAAGAGGGUUCGUGGAGCUACAAGGAGUCAUAUCAGCCAUUACCCGCCUUUCGUGACUUGGCGCGCGAAGCUACGAAGUAGACCUAGGCGCAGCUACCACCACUUUCAUGAUAAUUGCGGGGCCCCCUUUUGGAACAAGAACUCGUGGACCGGCUCGCGACGACCAGCAUCGGUCGGAACGGUUUUUUCCACCAGUAGCUGUCUGAGUGUCGUGGAGUUUGGUUCUACCGAAUCGUCUGCCCGGACGUACAGCGGUACCAAAAAUCCGGCCACUGUUGGUGUAGCCGCAAGGAAUACAACGGAGAAUCCUGCUGAUGCAGAGGGUCGUACAGAUUUCCCCGGACGGGAAGCACGGAAGAAAACUCAAUCGGCUAGAAUGGACGUAAACGAAGCGCAAACUACCGGCGCCAUGGGUUCGGAGCCCGCGGCGCCAGGUUCAACCUCGAGUGAGCCGCGCACGUUUCUCCAGCAGUGGGAAGACAAGUGGAAGCAGGCCCACGCGGACGGUCUCCGCACGGGCUUGCAUGCAGUGCCGCUGAUCGCAGCCGGGGCCCGGCUCGCGGCGAAUUUCGCGACCGGUGUCGCGCACGACGUGUUGCACACAGUACAACCCGCAAAUCAACAAAAUCCACCGCAACAGCUGCGAGGCGAAAAUCAGGAAGACGCUGCUGUGGAGGCAACAUCGACCUCGUCCUCCGCGUUGGAUGCUUUGAAGAAUUUUCGCGAAGCCUGUCUGGACAAAGCGGACCAACUGGAGUCGCAGGCUCUGCAGAAACUACAGGCCGACCUGGCCAAGACGGACAGUGGCGCGGCAGCCGGGAACAGGAGUGCUGGCGUCAACAGAUUGCCUGACUUCGUCAGUGGCGACCCCGCUGCCGAGUCAGUGUUUCGGAUUUUUGAGACGCUGCCCAAAUUUAUCGGCCCUAUGCGGGACCACCGAACGCCGAACCAGCUGUAUGCCGCGAUCCUGCACUACAUUGACCUGCAGAAGAAGUUUUUGCGCAAGGGCUUCGAACCGGAGACGGCGCCCACCUACCUGGACCGCAUGAUUCGCCGCAUGUUCCUCCACGCGCACGAGAUCGAAAGCAUUGAAGAAGGAGAACGGGAGAUCGGUGAUAUAGCUGCUGCGCCAGUUGUCCCAAAUGCGGAUGCACACAAGGCACCAGCAGCCCGCAAUAUUCCACAGGAAGCACAUGCGAAGAGCUCGUCCGACAUGAGCAAGCAGCAGGCGGCUGCUAUAAGGUCGAUCUGUGAAGAACAAGCUGAGCGGGAGCAAGACCUAAGUCCCCCAUUCUUCCCCGUGCCGGAUUUGGACCUGUCCGGCAAUCCCCCGGACCCCGCGGCUCUGUACCGGCAGGACCAAGAGAUGCGGCACUUUCUGUUUAGGUCCAUGUUGUACUGCAACUGCCUGUACAAGGCCUGUCUGCCCAGCGCACCGGGCGAUUUCCGCGAUUCCAUGCAGAAGCUGAACACCUACCUCUUCGAGGACAUCAGCCCGCUGAACAAGGUCGAGGUGGUUGAGCCCCACACGGUGUUUACCUCCAAACCGUUUGUCCCGGCCCACGCCGUGCUUAUUGACCACGUGUCGAAGGCCGUAGUGGUUUGCGUCCGGGGGACCCUCAGCGUCAAUGACGUCCUGACGGACCUCAUUUCCGACGCGGUGGCGCACUCCGAAGUGCCCAAAGUCGAGUUUGCGCAGAAGAGCGAGGAGGUUCUGGUAGCGCCGGCUGCGAAGCAGUUCAAACCCAACAGUCGGGUGGAUCGGCAGGGUGAAGCAGGGCUACAUCAAGCAGAACAAACGCAUUUAAGCAACAACGGCGUCGGUGGAUCCUCUUCGGGCACAACGAGCUCCACAAGUUCAUCGACGUCCAAUGGGGAGUUCUAUGUGCACGAAGGGAUGUGGGCCUCCGCGCAGAACAUCUCGACAGCGCUAGCGGACCCGGUGCUGAGCCUACUGAAGGAGCACAAAAACUACAAGCUGGUCUUAACCGGCCACAGUCUCGGCGCAGGAACGACGUCGCUGUUGUACGCGAUCUGGAGCCGGUCGCCCUACUUCGCCCACGUCAACAUGUUUUGCGCGGCGCACGCUUGUCCGCCGGUCUGCACCCAGAAUUUGCGGUUCACCGCGGAUAUGACCGACAAGGAGUUUUGGACGACGAAAAACCCCGAAGAUGUUGCAGCCGCGGCCGUUCCGGAAGCGGAAGUGGAUGCGACAUUCUUGUCGCCAAUGAGCAAACCUUGUCAAGACGAAGAAGCUCAAUCUACUUUGCUGCCCCCACGACUUUCGGGCCUGUCUUUCACUUCCUCCGGAAGUUCAGGAAUAAGAACUCGUGGUUCUCACGACCAGCAGCACGGGCAGCCGGCCCGUCCCCUUGGGACCCGGUUCUUCACUGCCACAGUGGUCGGUUGGGAUGUUGUGCCGCGGCUUUCGCAGGCCUCGGUGUUGAACCUGCGCAAGUGCGUGGAGCACCUGUGUGAUAUCCGACAGGAGCUGUCGUCGUCCACUACUUCAAAAACGAACGGAGGAACUACAAGCGGUGGAGGUGAUAGAAGUUCAGCAUCUGUUGCAGCAUCACAAACCGAUGAGAAGGACAAAAACCCGAGCAGCAGAAAAAGGCAGCAAGACCUGGAGUUUCAAUUUGCGAUCUGGAAAACGCUGCAGGCGAUGAAGCAGUCAGGAAACGAGCUGGUGUUCGACGAGGAGACAGGAACGCGGCGGGUGAUCCACCAGCUCUAUCCGCCCGGGGAAAAGGUACUGUUUAUGGUGUACGACGAAGAUGAGUCUUCUUCGUCUUCCUCAACGCCUGGAGCCGUUGCCACAACCCCGCGGGGGACCCGCAAGUGCUGGCACUGGCACUCCCCGGGGUGGUUUGACGAGAUUGUGCUCAGUUCAAACAUGCUGAAAACCCACAUGCCAGGCUCGUAUGCCGCGGCCAUGAAAAAGCUGUUGUCUACAAGAAUGAAUGGAGAUUACCCAAAUACUUGAUGAUACAGAAAGAUACCAGAAACUUUUCCGAAUCAUACCGCAUGAGAAGUAACCUCUUCCGAAAAAGCGACGAUAAUUCCUUUUUUCUUCAUGAUGACAUGAAUAUGAAGCCUGAU